AUGCGGAGACCGCGUACGCAGCGCCAAGACCGGGGAGCUCUGACGCCACGGAGAAUCCCACCCUCCGCCGCUGCCCGCAACCACGCCAAUCACCGCCCGCGUAGUCAGCAGACGUCCAACUCCGACCUCAAGACCACCUCCGCAACCCGCAUUGCGCCCCCCGCCGUCCACCAGUUCCGCCUGCGCCUCGCCCGCUGCUCGCUUGCGACCGCCGCCAUGUCCACCCCGCGCUUCUGGUCCCAGCCCAUCCGCUACCUGCGUUGGGCCUCCCACGAGAAGCCCGCCAUCUUCUACUCGAUUGUCGUCGGUCUCGCCGGUCCCGCUACCAUUGUCGUCGUCCCUCCCGUCCGCAGGCUCAUCGGCGAUGAGGUCGGCCGUCCGCCCAUCCCAUUGACCUAUCCGAUCCCCAAGGGCCCCAGGCAGAUCCCCGAAGGAUACGAUGACUAA